AUGCCCUUGUGCUCUCCACAGCAGGCCAGCAAGGCCGAGGAGAAUGGUUCCAACAGCUUCAUGCACUCCAUGGUCCCACAGCUGGAGUGGCAAAUGGAGACCACCCAGAGCCUGGUGGACUCCUAUGUGGCCAUUGUCAACAAGACCGUGUGGGACCUCAUGGUUGGUCUCGUGCCCAAGACCAUCAUGCACCUCAUGAUCAACAACAACAAGGAGUUUAUCUUCUCGGAGCUGCUGGCCAACCUGUACUUGCAUGGGGACAAGAACAUGCUGAUGAAGGAGUCGGCAGAGCAGGCACAGCGGUCACGAACACAAUCAGCACGCCCACGGGGGUCCAUGGACAACUCCUGACUGCAGGUGUAGAGCAUCCUAGCUGGAUGCAGGUACCAGGGCUGGCCCCCACGGCCCCAAAGCCCCCCAGCCUCCAUGGCUAAGACUGUGGGCUCUUGGAACAGGCUCCAUGCCCAAGUUGGCAGAUGUGGGUGCUCUCUAGAGUCCUCGGAGACGGCGGAGAACUCAUGGUUUAUGGUGUAGGGCCUGGGAACGUGGAGGGCGUUGUGUGUGAGGCUGGACUCUGAGGCGGCCAGAGGCCUAGGAAUGUCACCUGGGCACAACAUAACUGUCGUGCAGUCUGAGUCAUGCUGCCAGGGCAGGGUAUCCAGUUCCCAGUCUGGGAGUGCCGAGAGCCAAAUCCACUGCAGAGCAGGGGUGAUAGUCAGGGUCCCACCUCCUCUAUCUGUUGGCAAUCCAGUGGUGAUCUAGGAUAAAAUCUUGAGAGUCCCAAACACAUGGUCAUCCCACAACACACCUCACAGGCCGGGCAGGAACACACAGCCCCUUCCCUCCCUCCCAGGUACCAUCAUAGCUGCUAGCGUGUGACUGAAGGCAGGGUCGCUGGCCCCUGCUGAAACACUACCGCCAGCCAGCGGGCUCAUGCACCUUGGCCUGUUGCUCCUAGGGGUCACCUGUGCUAUUCAGCCAAGGGGACCACAGUCCCUGCUGGCCCAGCUGAGCUCCACAUAGCCAGCCCACCCACCUCCCCUGCCACGGACUCUCCCUCUUCUGCUCUUCCCAGCAGGAAGGGCCCAGGCUCACCUAUGCAACCUGCAGGCCCCCACAACCAGCUGAGGCUCCCCCCUUAGACUUAUAAGUCUAUGGCCAGUGGCAUAUGCCCUUCCUGCCUCCCCCAGGGUCCUUUCAGAGGGUCCUGGGCUUUCUGACCACCCAGAGGGCCCCUGGCACUCAGUCCAGCCAUCCCUUUUAGCUUCACCAUCCUGGGUCAAGCAGUGUUCCUUCUCUAUCAGGCCUGGUGGCUGUUGGGUGGGGCUCCCCAAGGCAAGAGGUGGCCCUGGGCCAGUGGGUUGGAAGGGAGGGUGACCAGAGAAGAGGGAAGCCCAAGGGGGCUGAGCAUUGGUCUGAACUGUGGGUGCACUGCCUGGGUGCCGUGGGAGAGGCCAGUGUGUGUGGGCUGGGGAGGGCCGCCGCAGCCCCCAGGCACUACCUGUGAAGCUCCGGCUCCUCCCUCCAUCUUCCUCCCCUUUUCCUUCCAGCCCCUCUUUUCCAGGAAACUUGCCACACCUGCACCUGCGUCCUCCCCUCCCCAGCCCUUCCACAGCUGCUGCAGCACGCCUGUGCUCUGUGCUUGCCUCACCAGCUCUCUGCUCACUUUUCUCUCUCCCGUUUUCUCUCUGCUUUCUCUCCAACUGCCAGCUGAUCAGGUCAGGCAAGUCCAUCCCGUCCUGAGAGCCCCAGCCCCACUCUGACCUCUAAACAGAUCCUCCUCUUCUCAGAGGCCUCCCUUUCCAAGCCUGCCUUGGCGGGUGUCCUGUGACUUGACAGUGGCUCCCCAGCCCCAAAGCCAGCCCCCUUCAUCUGUGACUUAGUCUGUCGUAGUGGUGAGCUGACACAUCCAGGUGUGACCCUUGCUGAAAACUUGUGCCCCCUCUGUGGUAUGCCCCUGCCCUGUUCUAUAAAUAUCUAUAAAUACUCUCUCUCUCUCUCUCUCUCUCUCUCUCUAUAUAUAUAUAUAUA